UUUCCCUUAUGAAGCUGGUUGAAAUGUUGGACGUGUCGGUCCCUGCCGUGGCUAAACUGAGACGCCUCUUGGACAAUCUGCCUCGGGAAGCUCUGCCGGAUAUAUUAACUUCCAUCAUCCGCACCAGUAACCAAGAAAAACUGCAGAUUCUAGACGCCGUUGGCUUGGAGGAGCGAUUCAAGAUGACCAUCCCGUUGCUCAUGCGGCAGAUCGAAGGUUUGAAGUUGCUUCAGAAAACCCGAAAACCGAAACAAGAUGAUGACAAAAGGGUUGUCGCUAUACGUCCCAUUCGAAGGAUUGCUCACCUUGCGGACGACGAGGAGGAAGACGAAGACCAUGAUGACAUCGUCGUGCUUGAGAAGAAAAUCCGCACCUCCAGUAUGCCCGAGCAGGCUCUCAAAGUGUGCGUCAAAGAGGUAAAGAGGUUGAAGAAGAUGCCUCAGUCAAUGCCAGAAUAUGCCUUAACUCGAAAUUAUUUGGAGCUGAUGGUGGAGCUGCCGUGGAAUAAAAGUACAAGAGACCGCUUGGAUAUCCGCGCGGCCAGAAUCCUCCUGGACAAUGACCACUACGCCAUGGAGAAGUUGAAGAAGAGAGUUUUGGAGUACUUGGCUGUCAGGCAGCUGAAGAGCAACCUGAAGGGCCCGAUCCUUUGCUUCGUGGGCCCUCCUGGAGUCGGGAAGACCAGCGUGGGGAGGUCCGUGGCAAAGACUUUGGGCCGAGAGUUCCAUCGCAUUGCCUUGGGGGGAGUGUGCGACCAGUCCGACAUCCGAGGCCACAGGUAUCUCUCUCGGAAAUGCUCUGUCCUAGAUCCGGAACAAAACCACAGCUUCACGGAUCACUACUUGAAUGUCGCCUUCGACUUGUCGCAGGUCCUUUUCAUAGCCACUGCCAACACCAUGGCGACCAUCCCCCCAGCUCUGUUGGACAGAAUGGAAAUCAUUCAGGUUCCAGGAUACACACAAGAAGAAAAGAUGGAAAUUGCACAUCGGCACUUGAUCCCAAAGCAGCUGGAGCAACAUGGCUUGACUCCCCAGCAGAUCCAGAUUCCCCCGGACACGACUCUGGCCAUAAUCUCUCGGUACACCCGCGAGGCAGGAGUUCGCUCUCUGGAACGCAAAUUCGGAGCUCUUUGCCGGGCUGUGGCCGUGAAAGUGGCAGAAGGCCAGCACAAGGAGACAAAGCCAGAUCGCUCGGAAGGGACAGAAGGAGAAGAGUGCAAAGAGCAAGUCACAGAAGACACAAAACCUGACGCCCUCAGUGAGACGGCCGACCUGGCCCUGCCGCCGGAAAUGCCCAUUUUAAUUGACUUCCAUGCCUUGAAAGAUAUUCUCGGACCGCCAAUGUACGAGCUAGAGGUAUCCGAGCGACUGAAUCAACCAGGUGUAGCCAUAGGCUUGGCUUGGACCCCCUUAGGGGGAGAGAUCAUGUUUGUGGAAGCCAGCCGCAUGGACGGGGAAGGCCAGCUGACUUUGACCGGGCAGCUGGGCGACGUCAUGAAGGAGUCGGCUCACCUCGCCAUCAGUUGGCUUCGCAGCAACGCAAAGAAAUUCCAGCUGACCAAUGCUUCGGGAAGUUUUGAUCUCCUUGACAACACGGACAUCCAUCUGCACUUCCCAGCUGGGGCCGUCACAAAAGAUGGACCAUCUGCUGGCGUUACCAUAGUAACCUGCCUUGCCUCACUUUUCAGUGGGCGGCUGGUGCGCUCAGAUGUAGCCAUGACGGGAGAAAUUACACUAAGAGGCCUGGUUCUUCCAGUCGGCGGAAUCAAGGACAAAGUUCUCGCUGCGCACCGAGCCGGGCUGAAGAGAAUCAUCCUCCCUCGGAGAAACGAGAAGGACCUCGAGGAGAUUGUGGUGAAUGUACGGCAGGAUCUGGAUUUUGUGCUGACGAGCACUCUAGAAGAAGUUCUCAAUGCUGCUUUUGAGGGGGGAUUUUUAGUCAAGGCUGGACUGGAUCACUUUAGCAGUAAACUCUGAGCAAUUUGGCAGACUUACACUUGCAAAGGGAACAAAAGUCAAACCUGAUAUUCAUCUUUAAUAAUGAGAGAGAGUAUGGAUGCAGAGACAUUAGAUGUCAGAUCUUUAUAGCAAGAGGUUACACGUCCCUGGCACCUCAUCAAUCUGUUAUCCAUUCAUAUUGGCCUCAAUAUGUAUUAAUGGGGAACAAUCUAUGGAGAUAAAUUUCAACACUGACCUCUUAAUGAUGAUUCUUCCUUUAGGAGCAAAAGAGGUUCAUCCAAUCAUAGGAGCCUUCAGGAAAUCAUCGCCUAAUUAAUAACAUUAAUGAUUCUGGUUUCUUUCCCCUAGAAAGCUUGAGAUGAUUUUUUACCUCCUUGAAUUUCAGAGUUGUCGUUAAAUUGGUAUUAUUAGAGGACAGUUUAAUUCCUGUUUUUUUAAAAAACGGAAGCAUUUAAUGCAAAUGAUCUGUAAAGCAUUGGUCUUGCAUGCAGGUAUCGAGGAGAGGGGCUAUUUUUUGUUUCCUAGGAGAGGCAAGUUGAACUCAUUUAUUACAGAUGCCAGAUAUGAUGUAAAUGUUACUUGGUCGGUCCGGGCUCAUAUGUGUGUGUUGGGGGAGGGGGGGUUGCCUCGGCUGGCCCCAAAAUGGCACUGGGGUGUGCCUGGACUGGCAAGCCCAGAGGGGAUUGGGGUGACUGCCUGCAAACUAGCUGAGACAACCCUCCCACCCCCUGCUGCUGAUCUGGCCUGGCAAGGCCACGAUGUUGCCUCAGCUGGCUUGUGGGUCUAGUAGGCCACCUCCAGGGGCUAGAUCUGGCCCCUGGGCCACAUAUUUGAAUCCCCUGCCAGAUGACAUGAUUUACAAAAAAAAGGGGUUUGUAGGGCGGCUACUUUCAACACCCACAACCUGUAGGAUCUGGGAGGGAAAGUACCAGGAUUUGAAUACUGCUGUAUGUAAACUGGAAACAGAACACUUCCUGAUGAUAGUGACUGCAUAAAUUGUUUGGCACCCCC